GCAUCUAGAAUGAUCUAGUGUGGACAGUGCACAGUGCUGUAGCCUAUGAGCGACGUGGAGGACACCGGAGAGGACGACCGCAGGACCUUACGAUCGGCUAGAGGACCGGUAUCCCAUGUGUCUUUAGGACCGGAGGGUGAUAGGGAACUGUUCCGCCGACAAAGGGAAAGGAGAGCUAGAGCAGCCGAGGCCAGCAGGGCAUUUGCUAGCGAGGCUAGUGCUAUAGCAGCCAUGGCUACCACAACCAUGAGCACGUCUGCGCAGCAGACUUCCCAAGCCGGAAGUUCAGGUACCGCUGGGUCCAUGAGUCAGUCCACUGGCUUAAUGGCAAGCCAGCCCGCGGUGUUGUCCCCAGAGGAUGUCGCCAUCCAGCAGGCAGCCCUGCAAGAGGCACAGCUACAACAAGCAUUAGAAAAGAUAAAAAGGGAGAAAGAGAUGAUGAUUAGAAGAAGAGCCAGGAUGCAACAGAGAGGGGCAGACAUAGAGGAGUUAGAGACGAUGGACCUGACGCAUAUGGAUGAUGAUGUGAAGCAGAAGGGGCCAAAGUUGAGGCCAGUAGAGUACAUGUCCAAGAAAAUGUUGUCUCAGAAGUUGGCUAAGUCCACUUAUGAGAAGGAACUCUAUGCGGUGUUCAAGGCUCUCACCCAUUGGAGACACUACCUCCUUGGGCGGUUCUUCAUCCUCCGGACUGAUCAUCAGACCCUGAGAUGGAUGAGAACACAAUCGGUACUCUCUGACGCUCUCAAGCGUUGGAUCGAAGUCAUUGAGCAAUAUGACUUUGACCCUCAGUAUCUCAAAGGGGAGUACAACAAGGUUGCUGAUGCCUUAUCGCGCAGACCGGACUUCUCAGGUGCGCUGAUUACUGAGUUCGAUCUGACGGACGAUGUUACUCAGUCUUUGGUGGAAGCCUAUCGUCAGGACCAGUUUAUGUCUGAGAUCAUAUGCAGACUUGAGGCGAAGGAUAAGAAGACCUCCGCCGAGUUUGAGUUGGUCAAUGGAUUGCUGUUCCUAGAGAAGGCAGGGAAUAAACGCUUGUGCGGUCCACAGCCCGGAGUGAUGUCGGGACCGGGACAAAGUCAGUGGGUACCGAAGACGGCCAUCGCUGCUCCAAAACCCUUUACAGGGGAUAAGAGGGGCGAAAACCUCGACACUUGGUUGAGGGCAGUGCCRGUCUAUGUCAAGUGCAAACUUACCUUGCCGCACGAGGAAGUGCUUGUGGCUGCCUCCUAUUUAGAGGGGAGUGCAGCACGAUGGUUGAGUGGUUUAGUGCAGCUGCAGGGGUACGGUCAUGACUUUCGCGCUUGGGCGGUCACCCAGAAAUUGGAUGACUUUCUCAAGUUGGUGGAAGACAGGUGGCACGAUCCUCAGGAGGCCCAGAAGGCCGCUGACGCGAUCCUGACACUGCACACUAGGCAGUUUAAGUCAGUAAGUGAGGCCAACAUCAAUAUGCACAACUUUCCCUCGUUUAGCAAGAGGGCCCUAGACCUUGAGGCAAAGAUAGGGCAUGGGCAUAAUCCCACGACGGAUGGUAGGAAGAAGACACUGCCUCCCAACUGGAAGGCGAAGGGCCGCAUUAUGUUCGUCGACAACGAUGGUUCUACCAUCGAGUUGGACGACGAAUUCCUGGUGGGAGUAGGUUCAGAGGCUGGCAGCGUAGAGGCUUCACGGUGUGGAGUAGUCACUGCCGUAGCACAGAAAGGUGAGAAGUGCGAGUUUGGCCGCACCCAUGUCGUGUACUUGGGUUAUGAGAUUUCCACAGACGGAUUAAAGCCCGAUGAUGCGAAGGUGGCCAACAUUCAUGACUGGCCGCGUCCUCAGUCUGUGACUGAGAUGGGGUCUUUGUUAGGGAUGACCGGCUACUAUCGCAACUUCGUGAAGAACUAUAGCAUAGUUGCCGCCCCUUUGACUGAUCUAACUCGCAUUGACACCCCAUGGGAGUGGACAGACAGAUGCGAGGCUGCUUUCAAACAUCUGAAGCAUGCGCUGACGCAUCAUGAGGUUUUGAAACUUCCUGAUGCUGACAAGCCAUUUAUAAUAACUACGGAUGCUAGCCAAUAUGGCAUAGGCGCCGUACUUGCUCAGCAGGAGGGGAAAAAGUUGAGGCCUAUAGAGUACAUGUCCAAAAAGAUGCCCUCUCAGAAGUUGGCUAAGUCCACCUAUGAGAAGGAGCUCUAUGCGAUCUACAAGGCGCUCACCCAUUGGAGGCACUAUCUCCUUGGGAGGUUCUUCUACGUCAGGACUGAUUAUCAGACAUUGAAGUGGAUGAGAACCCAACCUGUGCUCUCCGACGCUCUGAAGCGUUGGAUUGAAGUCAUAAAGCAGUAUGACUUCGAGCCCCAGUACAUCAAGGGCGAGUACAACAAGGUUGCUGAUGCGCUGUCGCGUAGACCUGAUUUCUCAGGUGCACUGAUUACUGAGUUCGAUCUUACGGACGAUGUUACUCGCUCUAUUGUGGAAGCCUAUCGCCAGGAUGAGUUCAUGUAUGAGAUCAUACGCAGACUUGAGGCGAAGGAUGAGAAGACUUUUGCCGAGUUUGAGUUAGUCAAUGACGUGUUGUUCCUUGAGAAGGCAGGGAAUAAAUGAUUGUGUGUCCCAAAUAGAGAGUCUUUGCGUAGUUUAUUUUUAGGAGAGUGUCAUGAUGCCACCGACCAUU